GCCGCAGCCCGGGUGAAGAGCAGUUUGCAAGGAGGAAGGAAGCAGGGCCGGGAGCGUGCGGUGUCGCCUUGGCGACGGGGCCUAGUCGGUCUGGUGGAGGCCCGGCGCUGGACGGAAUGUGGCUGCACUUUGUCCUAAAGACCACACCCUACCUAAGGGGAAGGAGCUUUCCAUGGAAUCGAACCCAAGGGUGCCGACCGUGAGGACAUGAGCACUCGGAGCCUGAUCUAGCCCUUCAGCACCUCAAGCGUGCUGCAUCGUUCAGCUUUAACUCUUGCGGGAUAACCAUCGGGAGCAAGAAUCCUGUUGGAACUUUCAUUUCUUGGAAGAGAGGCGCAAAGUCGGAUCUUGGUGGCAGACCGAUGCCCCAAUUGAGAUCAGAGAUAUGGACUCGCUUGAAAAUCAGCUCGAGCUGCUUCUGAAGGGAGGGGGCAUCGAGACACAGGGCUACGACUCUCCCCUGGAAGAAGUGGUGCCGGUAACUGUGCGGAAGACAGUCUGCUAUAUCGUCGCUGCGGUCAUACUAAACGAACAGAAAGAGGUGGUGAUGAUGCAGGAGGCCAAGCAGGAAUGCUACGGCAAGUGGUACCUACCAGCGGGACGGAUGGAGCAAAAUGAAACCAUCGUCCAGGCUGUCAAGAGAGAGGUACAGGAGGAAACCGGCCUGGAGUGUGACCCAUACACCCUGCUGAGCGUCGAAGAGAGGGGCCCGCGCUGGAUCCGCUUUGUUUUCAUGGCCCGAGUCACAGGAGGAACCUUGAAGAGCACGUCAGAGAGCGAUGCCGAAUCCUUGCAGGCGAAGUGGUGGGACAGAGUGUCGCCCCUUCCACUCCGAGCCAGGGACAUCUUAAAUCUCAUCUCCAUUGCCGUGAAGUACAAGGAGAAGGCAUCUCAUCCCUCCAUUGUUCCCGUUCAGAUGUCGUGCCCAGUUGUCUGUCACAGGGUGCUGGCGGCCUUCCUCAACAAGAACAAUGAUCUCUGGCUGUUGGCCAACAACCAGGAACACCCUCACUUCCCCGUGACGGCCUGUGGCUCGUCCUCAGCCGACCUCUCGUGCAGCGUCGAAGUAGCAAUUUACAGACUGACCAAAGAGUGCCUGAGGGAAUCGCAGGUCAGGGUGAAAACGCACGGCAUUCUGAGUUUGCAGCACACCGGCUCGGUCUCCGGGAAGGCUGACGGGGUCUGCUUCAAUGUCUUGGUCACCAUCGCCCCGCUAGAAGGCACAUACAGCCAGUUGCCUCCAGACGUCAGCAGCGUGAAGUACAGCUGGCACAGAAUCGACAACGACGAUUUGAAAAUUCACUUGCUGGAGAGGUUGUCGUUUUCUUCUGUUGUGCCGUUCUUGAAUUAAAAGUAUUGUGGGAAAUGA